GUCACUUUGCAGUGUCAUUUGGCAAAAGGCAUGGGAUCUGUCUGUUUCCCUGGCGAUGGCCAGCGGCAACUUGUGACUUUGCAUUAACCCUUGCAAGGGUCAAUGAGCACAUACUCUCCUUUUUUCUUUUCAGCAUCCAAUAUCUAAUUUUGAACUUUUUUAAGAGCUAUUUCUACUCAGGAUUUUUUUUUUUUUUUGCAUGGACAAAAUCAAUCGGCUGUUAUUCCUGGCCAUUGCCUGGUGACCAACAUUGGAGCCUCCGGCGAUGCAGCUGAGCAGACAACGGAUCGAGCGGCGGUCUUGUGCUAUGCCUGGUUGCGUGGCAAACUUUUGCUAACUCAGCCAGCUGAGGAUCAGAGAAAGGGAAAUGCUGUUGGGAUGGAUAAGGGGCAUUUGGAUUAAAUGCCUCGGCUUGGCAUGAGCGAUAAAGUCAGCAAGGCAAAGGCAGCUUUGAAAAUCUAUCCCAUCCAUGUCUGCUUUCUGGCCCAUGCAGUGCCCACCAUGUCGCCCUUUCUCCGGAUUGGCCUCUCCAACUUUGACAGCGGUCCCUACCUGCCUUCCCAAGGAGAUGUGGUUGAUCCGUACUGCGCCGUGAUGGUCAAAGAAGCCACAGAGGGUGAUAAUGGCCAGGUUUAUGUCCAGAAGAAGCCCACCAUGUACCCCCCUUGGAACAGCACUUUCGAUGCCCACAUCCGAAAGGGACGGAUCAUGCACAUCAUUGUGAAGGACAAGAGCGCGGAGAUGGUCUCAGAAACAACUGUGGAGCUCAAUAUGGUGGCAGAAAAAUGCAAGAAGAACAACGGGAAAACAGAGAUUUGGCUAGACCUGAAGCCGCAAGGCAGAAUGCUAAUGAAUGCAAAAUACUUUCUGGAAACCACAGAUGAUCCGGAGUUUAUAGACUGUGAAAAGGAAGGGUUUUUCUCUCUGCACCAGCGCAGGGGAGCCAUCAAGCAGGCCAAGAUUCAUGAUGUCAAGUGUCACGAGUUCACCGCUACUUUCUUCCCUCAGCCCACAUUCUGCUCCGUUUGCCACGAAUUUGUCUGGGGUCUUAACAAACAAGGUUAUCAAUGCAGACAAUGCAAUGCUGCCAUUCACAAGAAGUGCAUUGACAAAGUGAUUGCUAAAUGUACAGGAUCAGCUAUCAACAGCAGAGAAACCAUGUUCCACAAGGAGAGGUUUAAGAUCGAUAUGCCCCACCGGUUUAAGGUCUACAAUUACAAAAGCCCCACUUUUUGCGACCACUGUGGAACGCUGCUAUGGGGCCUCACCAGGCAGGGCCUGAAAUGUGAAGCCUGCACCAUGAACGUCCACCACAAAUGCCAAAUGAAAGUGGCAAACCUCUGCGGCGUCAACCAGAAACUCAUGGCGGAAGCGUUGGCCUUGAUCGAGAGCCGGCAGCAGGCUCGAAGUUUACAUGAUUCGGAACAAAUUUUAAGAGAAGGACCAGUUGAGAUCAUCUUCCCUGAGAAAGAGGAGCCUUCCACCCCUUCAGUGCCAGCGCCUCCAACAGAGAAAAAAGAGCCUCAAGGAGUUACUUGGGAGACGCCAGCAGAAGAUGUGACACGUUCCGAUUCUCCCCUGGAACUUGAACCAAGGCAGGAUGUCCGAGCAGACCUCCCGAAAUUAACCAUCGAGGAUUUUGUCCUGCACAAAAUGUUGGGGAAAGGGAGCUUUGGCAAGGUUUUCCUUGUUGAACUCAAGGCCACCAACCAGUUUUUCGCCAUGAAAGCACUGAAGAAGGAAGUUGUGCUUAUGGACGAUGACGUUGAAUGUACCAUGGUUGAAAAACGUGUCCUGUCACUGGCUUGGGAGCACCCUUUUCUCACCCAUGUUUUCUGCACAUUCCAAACCCAGGAGAACCUCUUUUUUGUCAUGGAGUAUCUCAAUGGUGGAGACCUGAUGUUUCAUAUCCAGAUCUGCCACAAGUUUGACAUCGGCAGAGCAAGAUUCUAUGCUGCUGAAAUAAUCUGUGGCUUGCAGUUCCUUCACUCCAAAGGAAUCAUUUAUAGAGACCUCAAGCUCGACAAUGUACUCUUGGACAAGGAAGGGCACAUCAAGAUCGCUGAUUUUGGAAUGUGCAAAGAAAAUAUGUUUGGGAGCUCCAAAACAAGCACGUUCUGUGGGACUCCCGACUAUAUUGCUCCUGAGAUUCUUCUGGGACAGAAAUACAACACAUCUGUUGACUGGUGGUCCUUUGGAGUCCUUUUGUAUGAGAUGUUGAUUGGCCAGUCACCCUUCCAUGGCCAGGAUGAAGAGGAACUCUUCCAGUCAAUCCGAAUGGACAGCCCCUUCUAUCCACGGUGGUUGGACAAAGAUGCAAGAGAUAUCCUAAUAAAGCUCUUUGUGAGAGAGGCAGAGAGGAGGCUGGGAGCCAAAGGGAACAUCCGCCAACACCCCUUUUUCAAAGACAUCAACUGGGAUGCAAUAGAGGAGAGAGCUGUGGAGCCACCCUUCAAGCCAAGAGUGAAAUCCCCGGGCGACUGCAGCAACUUUGACAAGGAAUUUCUGAACGAGAAGCCCCGGCUGUCGCUGGGAGACCGGACUCUCAUCAACAGCAUGGACCAAAACAUGUUCAGUGAUUUUUCCUUCACCAGUCCCAUCAUGGACAAGCUGCUCACCUGAGGAAA